AUGCUGUAUUGCAUCAAUCUAAUUCACGAUGGUUUGUUCGGUGCCUUGGUUGGAUUCUUAAUUUGGAGUUUGCCUGGAGCUUUGGGCAUGUUUGGCUUAUCAGUUGGCGUUUCUAACAUUGGAUCUUCCCUGCCAGGCGCCGUGUACGCUCUCCUUUCUGGUCUGAAUGCUGCUACAGUUGGGUCAAUCGCUCUGGCCGCUGUGGAGCUAUCAAACAAGACGGUCACGGACAAGAUGACCCGAACUUUGGUGUUUGUAUGUGGUGCGGCUGGCUUGCUUUACAACGCCCUAUGGUACUUCCCAGUCCUGAUGCUUGCGUGCGGAGUGACGUCGAUAAUCCAUGACUACCGCUGGGUGCAUAAGCCUAUCAGAGAGUUUAAGGCCACUUGGGUACAGCAACGGGAGCGACUGCGCCGUUUCUUGGAAACACACGUUCCACGCAGGAGAUAUCCCCAAUCACGGCAGCCCAGCAAUGGUUAUACUGUGGAGUUGGGACAUGACCAGUCUCUCCAGAAUAGCGCAACAGGGACACGCCAACCUCACCAAAGUGGUGAGCAGACAACUCGUGUCUCUGAUAACAUUGAUCAUGAGACGAGAGCCAAUACAGACCAGGAGCCACGGACAAUACCCAAUGAGUAUCGCUUGAACUUCUCAUGGAGAUACGGAGUUAUCAUCAUUGCCAGUUUUAUGGCCUCCUUCGUCGUUGUAAUGGCCGUACGCGGCGCUGUGCCGGCUUCCCCAUUCCUUUUCCGACUGUUUGCGAACCUUUACUUGGCCGGCACCAUCAUCUUUGGUGGUGGUCCUGUGGUUAUCCCUCUUCUGAGAGAGUACAUAGUAGCAGAGGGCUGGGUAAGCCCCCGAGAUUUCAUGAUAGGCCUCGCGAUUGCGCAGGCUUUUCCAGGUCCAAACUUCAACUUUGCCGUCUUCCUCGGAGGUUUAGCCGCGUCGAAUGGCGGCCUAUCGCCCAUUUCUGGGGCACUGGUAUCAUAUAUUGGCAUCUUCUUCCCAGGAUUGGUCCUUGUCCAUGGAACCAUGGGCGUAUGGGGAUCUCUGAGAAGCAGGCCAUGGGUGAAAUCAGGGAUCCGAGGUGUCAAUGCCGGCGCUGUUGGCCUCAUCUUCACGGCCGUGUACCGAAUCUGGAUCAUUGGCUAUAUAGAUGAGGGAUUUCAGACUGGACGUAGUCUUGGAGACGACCCCUGGUGGGUUGUAGUAACAGCGACCGCGUACAUUGGUGGGAGAUACUAUGGGAUCGCUGCCCCCGUUGCAAUUCUGAUGGGCGCAGUCCUCGGGUUGCUAAGCCCAGUUCAGAUCAGGGCACCUUGCCUCGACAAAAUGAUCGCCGAAGUCACACUUGACUGGGCAAGAUUCUAUAGGAGACAUAAGCUUCACGUGUUUCCCGGUGACCAGGGCCAGACUCCGUCAAUGUCAAUCGAGAAUCACCACUUUCUGGCAACAGUGACCCAUAAGACUAUGACCUCUGGUCAAAAGGCAAGGAUCUCGGCCAGACGAAGUGUGCAGCCUUGGGCAUUACGUCGUGCCACUAUUCGCCGACUGCGCAGCUGCGCCCUGUCAGCGAGGAUCCUGCGCCUCGACGUCCUCGGACCCCACCUGUCCUCUAGUAAAUUGCCUGGAAGCGCUCGUAUCGACUUUGGUCCACCGUCAGGACCCAUUCUCAGCAACUCAGCUUCGCUUUUGGUCUCUAGAGAAAAAGUCGGCCAGCACGCGGAGCCCGGCGGUGGUGCAGCAGAACACGCAGGCGGCGCAGAGCAAGGCAAAAGCCAGAGCCGCCUUGAGACCGAGCGACCAGACGUUCCAACCCCAAGAAUAGAUGGGAAUGUCUUGGAAGACGUAAAUCGGGGCGAAUAUAAUGACCAAGAUGAUGAGGCAGAAGGCGACGCCGACGAGACCGGCGAGCCAGGCCCUUUGUAUCACCUCGUUUCGUAG